AUGUACGAAGGGAUUGACAACCUGAAAUCCCUUUACGACCGUGCCGGGAAGACUUUCUCCGGCGGUCCUUCUGCGGCACAGGAUGUGUCGCGUCGUACUGCUCGACCAGACCCAGUACGUCAACCAUCAGUUGGGAGCGGGGCUCCCAAGAAUCCCAGGACGGGGGAUAGCCGCGCCACCGGACGAGAUAACUCGUCCGACGUCCGUUCACAUCGCGGUGGUUCAACAGCUGCUCAACUAGAUAGCGCUGGCCACCGCGAGAGUCCUCUAAUGGAGGUGGAGGAGGAGGAAAGACGCUCUCCACACGAUCAUGUGGAUCGGUGUGUUCCCGAGAGCUUCUUUGAUCGCGUAACGCAAGGGUUACGCGACGAUCUCGAGCAUGAGCGGAAUAGGCGUCUCCAGAUGGUGGACACUGCCUCGAAGCAUCGAGCUGAGUUUGCCUUUGCUCAGCUUGAGAACGAGAGAUCUCUGACAUCUCUUCGUGACGAGCUAAGGGUAGCUCGUGGCAUUGUUGAUCGGUCUCGGGCUGAGAUAACUGCUCUUCAGACCCUUGUUGAUGCCCACCAUCGGGAGCACAAGGCUCUCUGCGAGAUGCUUGAGCGCAAGGGCGUUCUUCAUCGGAAGAAGCAGCGUACUGAUGGUACGGCUUAA